CCCAUUGAUAAGGGCCCCUGUGACUCGGAUCACUGCAGACAGGCUAUACCCGAAAAGGAGGAGGCGCCACCCAUUCUUCCUUUCCUUUGGUUGUGAGGUGAUAGAUAAGUAUAAGGACCCCCACCGCCCGCCCUGAGGAAUGCGAUCGCAUCGGAGGGAAUCGAGUCAUUGUGUCGCUUUCUCUCGGCUCAUUCAGAGACGCUCCAACAUGCAGCAGCUGCUGAUCCUUCCCGUUCUGCUGGCAUCCUUCUGCAGGGUGUGCGCCGGAUCAGGAGGCUGGUGCUACCACAGCCAGUCAACCUGCGAUCAUCUGUGCAACGUACCAGAGAAGUGGGCCAGUGGCAACCGGGACUGUGGAGGAAAAUCCCAGUCACCCGUCAAUAUCGUCACCAGAAAGACAGUGAGAAAUGAGCGUCUGACCCCGUUUCAGUUCAAAAACUACCAGCACACCUUCAAAUCUGUCAUGACCAACACCGGCCACUCGGUUCAGGUUAAUAUUCCUAUAACCAGCACCAUCUCGGGCGGAGACCUGUCGUCCACAUACAAGGCUGUGCAGUUACACCUGCACUGGGGCAAAGAUGGCGCCCCUGGCUCUGAGCACACCAUCGACGGGGAGCAGUACCCCAUGGAGUUGCACAUCGUUCACAUGAAUACCAAGUAUUCUGACCUGGGAACAGCCCUGAGAGAUCCAAAGGGGGUUGCAGUUCUUGGGUUUUUCUAUGAGGUAUCCAAGAGUCCAAACCAAAAGUAUGAAGCCAUCAUAAAGGGGGUGGAAAGUGUCGCAUCAAAAAAUGCGAGCAACUCUUUGCCCGCCAUCUCCUUGGCACAGCUGAUCCCUCCUGAGCAGAAACUGACUUCCUACUACCGCUACCAGGGUUCCCUGACCACCCCGCCGUGUUCCGAGUCUGUGGUGUGGUCUGUGUUCAAAACCCCUAUCCCUCUGAGCAUGGACCAGAUGAAAGCUUUCUCCAAGGUCCAGUUCCACGAUGGCAAGUCAAUGGUGAACAACUUCAGGCCUGUCCAGCCCCUCAAAGGCCGGCUGGUGUUCUACUCAGGAAGUGCCGCUCUGUUGGUCAGCUCUGCCCUCCUUGUGGCUGCCCUCACAAUGGCACUGGGGCUGUCCCAGCCCAACUAAAAAGCAAGUGAUCCCAUGCUGCACUGCGACAUCGAUAGGACCCAACUGAUCUGUGCCAGUCCUCUGCUGAGACUCUUGCUUCCAACGUAGUUCUGACACAUUUGCAAAAGACAAUGGACCACGUCAUAGUGUAGCUCAAAUGGUGUUUCCCCCCUUGUGACCCAAAUGACAGAGGUGUGUUAGAAACGCCUCAAGGAAGGUGACAUAAGGGUUCAAUCAGCAUCCAUGCAUGUGUAGUGAAGUAUUAUCUCUUAUUUAAGCCACAUGAAUGUGACAUAAAUCAAAUUACUGGGCAGUCUACAUGGGUAAUCAAACUCAACACCAAAUCUUCUCUUUGGACUGGAUUUUGAUUUUCUCUCUGAAGCUCUGUACUGAGAACCAGCACACACACACACACACACUCUCUCUCUCUUUUCACAACUUUAGUUUUCAUGUUAACUCAUCCACCUUGUCCAAUGUCAGGUAAAUUUAGUAUCUGUUAAUACCAGUGUGAGUUGCCAAUGGUUUAUGGGUCAGCCCCAUGACUUGGCACAUGAUGUAUUGUUAUUAACGGAGCAUGUGAAAGGGAUGGAGUUAUAGAUAGCAGGACUGAGUCAAUAAAAAAAACAAAAAACUGCAAUUCAAAGCCAGAUGUCAAAGGAGAAUGUAGUUCUCAUAAAGUACAGCAGAUCACACCUCUACAGCCGGGUCAAGGCUUCUCAGACCGGUCAGCAGAUCUGUUCUGAAAGUGCAUGUGGGGGAGGUCUUGUUGUAGCUCACCAGAAACCAUGAAGAACAGCUGCAUGAAGUUCUGUCACUAGACUUCAUGAAGAACAGCUGCAUGAAGUUCUGUCACUAGACUUCAUGAAGAACAGCUGCAUGAAGUUCUGUUACUAGACUUCAUGAAGAACAGCUGCAUGAAGUUCUGCCACUAGACUUCAUGAAGAACAGCUGCAUGAAGUUCUGUCACUAGACUUCAUGAAGAACAGCUGCAUGAAGUUCUGUCACUAGACUUCAUGAAGAACAGCUGCAUGAAGUUCUGUUACUAGACUUCAUGAAGAACAGCUGCAUGAAGUUCUGCCACUAGACUUCAUGAAGAACAGCUGCAUGAAGUUCUGCCACUAGACUUCAUGAAGAACAGCUGCAUGAAGUUCUGUCACUAGACUUCAUGAAGAACAGCUGCAUGAAGUUCUGUCACUAGACUUCAUGAAGAACAGCUGCAUGAAGUUCUGCCACUAGACUUCAUGAAGAACAGCUGCAUGAAGUUCUGUCACUAGACUUCAUGAAGAACAGCUGCAUGAAGUUCUGUCACUAGACUUCAUGAAGAACAGCUGCAUGAAGUCUAGUGGCAGACUCCCUCCCCACAGAGUCACUCGGGGGCAAAGACAUGGAUGCUAACAUCCUAGAGUCGAAGACAGUACCAGUCCGCUGUUAAAGAGGGAUGGCAGCCACACAACCAAGAUUUUUUUAUUAUUAUUUGUACAGUUAAUUUUUAUGCACAUCAUAUUUCAAGAGUAUGAGUCUGCAUGCUGUGAUGUUCCAGAUGUUUGAGAUAAACUACCCAGCUGCUGGAAGUGGGCUUCCCAAAUUCACAAAGUGUUUUCCCAGAACAGGUGCUUCAAUUUCACAGGAGCUUGUUUUUCAAAACCUCAAUCGUUUCCAUGACUAGUAUUACCGGCAUUCGGAUGUAUGGAUAAUUGUUGACAAUGAGAAGCACCCUGCUCAGCUCUAUUUUGUUGUUGUUGUUUUUUUUUGUUUUUUUGUUGUUUGAAGAAAACUUUGCCAUGUAUAGAGAGGAAUGUGUGCAAUUUGGCAGCAAGAACUGUUGUUAUAGUGAGGAAGGAUAAUCUGUAUUUUCCAUUGCUUCAGAAGAAAUCCAGUUAUAUUUCUAUGAGGUGUCAUUUUACACAUGUAUUUAUGUACUGAGUGUGCAUAUGAAGAGAUGAGAUGCACAGUUAUUGUUAUUUAUGUAUUGCAACAUUCAUAUAGAAUGCAAAACUACAUAUGAAGCUUGAAACUGUUUAUGAUCAAUAAAGUUUACUUGUACUCUUGAAAUGUUUGAGACUCCAGGUUGUAAUGCUUGAAAGUGUCAUAGUAAAAUAGAAUGUUACUGCUGAAUAAUAAACUAUAUGCCUUUUUAAAGA